ACACAGCAGGAAGAUGCCCAUGAGUUUCUGAUGUUCACUCUGGAUGCUAUGCAGCAAGCGUGUUUGCGUGAGGACAAGCCUUCAGAGCCUCAGGCUCAGGACGCCACCCUCAUCCAGCAAAUCUUUGGGGGGUACUGGAGGUCUCAAAUCCAGUGUCUCCACUGCCAGGGUGUCUCCAGCACUUUGGACCCUUACCUGGACAUUAGCCUGGAUAUCACGGCAGCUCAGAGUGUGAGCCAAGCUUUGCAACACUUGGUGAAGCCCGAACAGUUGGAUGGUGAAAAUGCCUAUCGUUGUAGUACUUGUCUCGACAAGGUACCUGCUUCCAAGACGUUGACUUUGCACACUUGCUCCAAGGUCCUGAUGCUGGUAUUGAAACGAUUCUGCCAUUUCACGGGCAGCAAACUGGCUAAGGAAGUGCAAUAUCCUGAGCGCCUUGACAUGCGACGCUACGCGUCUGGGCAGGACGGGGGGUCGCUGACUUAUGUGCUCUAUGCCGUGCUGGUGCACGCGGGCUGGAAUUGUCACAGCGGACAUUACUUCUGUUACAUCAAAGCUGGGAACGGCCAGUGGUACAAAAUGGAUGAUGCGAAGGUGACCGCCAGUGAUGCGACGUCUGCCCUGAGCCAACACGCCUAUGUCCUCUUUUACAUCCAGAAGAGUGAAUUGGAAAGAGAGCGUGCGAGUGAGCCAGGUGCUGGGGAAUCCACAUGCCUCCAGGCUGACCACGCAGGCACGGCUGCGGCCCAAGGGGGGCCUGAAACCGACCCCAACAUCGAGGUGCCACAAUUGGAGGAUCACGUGGAAGAGACACCACUGCCAGCAACCACGUUAGACCAGUGGAGAUUCCUCCAAGAAAGCCACCGUCCCAAGUCUGAAUUCAACCUCAGGAAACUAGAAUUUGCUCUUCCCCCCGACGCAGUCCUAAUUCACCAGUCCAAAUACAGAGAUGAGAUGGGAAAGGAUCACCGUGAACCAAGCAUCUACCGGCUCAACAGUUCAGCCAGGGACAUCCCACCUCAGAGGGCAACGGCCAUUCACCAAGUCCCUUGUCUCACCGGCAGAGCCAGAGCUACCAAGAGGAAGAACAAGAAGGGACAGAGGUCUCAGGAAGCAGUGCAGGGAUCCCACUACGGGCUUUGA